AUGGCAUCGAGCAGCAUAUCCUCUACUGGCACGAGUUCCAGUUUGACGUCGAGUAGCUUUUCUAGCACCGCGGCAGAGAGUACUUCAAUCGUCAGCUCAACAUCAUCUGCCAGUAGCAGUAGCAGCUUGUCUACUUCUACCACCAGCACUACGACGAGCACACGAGCUAUGGGUAGUGUCUCGUCUAGUAGUAUGACAACGACAAGCAGCACUACAGCUCCGUCUACUAGUAGUACUACAGUCUCGUCUACUAGCAGCAGUGUAAUUCCGUCUACUAGCAGCACAAGUACAAGCCCAACGUUUAGUACUGCUUCUAGUACUGCUUCUAGUACUGCUUCUAGUACUGCUUCUAGUACUGCUUCUAGUACUGCUUCUAGUACUGCUUCUAGUACUGCUUCUAGUACCGUUUCUAGUACCGCCUCUAGUAUCACCUCGACGAGAACAUCCUCUACGUCGACUAUAUCAUCCACGGCGACUAGCUCAUCUACCAGGACAAGUAGUUCCUCUACGCCUUACACCACCGUUACUACACUGUAUUCGGGAGGCAGUGCAACGACAACAACAGUUACGCCUACUGGAGCAAAUACAGGAACCGUGAUAGUACAAAAUCCGAGCUAUGUCACUACUACCACUGGCUACACUGGCACGACUACCAGUACAACGACUACUCAGACCGCAAGCGGGACUGUUCAGGGCACAGUGGUGGUUUAUACACCACUGCCAACUCUAAACUGCGACCCAUAUGGCUACCUGGUACAACUGACCACGUUUUACAGAGUCAACAUUACAAGUGGUGUUGUAGAUACAGUCAAGCAGACGGUGGGCGAUGGAAAGCGCAAUAUCCAGGCCAUUGGGUACAAUGUCGCCGACAACUUCAUCUACGGCUCCUUGGGCACGGCUAUCGGUUCGCCCGUGGAUCUGAUACGUAUUGCAGGAAACGGUGACAUGACAAUCCUCAAGUCGUUGAACAUUAGCUCUACAUGGUACCCAAAUUCGGGAGACGUGGAUGAAAGUUCUUAUUAUUGGGUCACUUUCACGGGAACUUAUUGGCUCCAGGUCGAUCUGCGACCAGCCUCGGCGACAUUCAGCACGACUGUCAGUAGUGGCACAGCUUCACCACCCCAUUCUAUUCUCGACUGGGCCUAUGUCCCAGGAGGAGGCAAUUACUUGUAUGGCCUUGGGUAUGAUGCGGCAAGCUCCGGGGAUUUGCACACCUAUCUGCAGCGCUUUGACCGGACGACCAAGCAAUGGUCAGUCAUUGCCGACUUGGGCAACGUUAUUGCCCCGGGAAAGAACAGAUGGGGCGCCGCCUAUGCUUCCGAAGAUGGGUAUCUCUAUGGUUCUGAGAACUACAGUGGCCAGAUCUGGAAGUUCAACAUACCUCCGAAUGGUGACAACACCAGUUUCGUUCCCACCUCUACGUACUUGGCUCUUGGACCUACAGCAGUAUCCAAUGAUGGAGCGAGAUGCAACAAGGCAAAGUUCUAG